AUGAUAGGUAACGAUCUACACCAUUGUAAUCAUAGCGAUGUUGCAGAACGAAAAGAAGUUUCAACGGAAUGGGUUGAAUUUGACGAUUUCAACUAUGACGAUGAAAUUCGUGACUAUGAAAGCUCUGAACCAUCAACGGCGAACGUACCUGAGAAAAUCUCUCUAAAUAGAGCAUAUGGCUACGCAAUGCGCACAGAGUUGAUCACACAAGUUCAAGACCAUAAAUGCCUUUGGGAUUACAGAACCAAUGACUACAGAGUCCAAGACUCAAAAGCGAGAGCAUGGGAAAUGGUUCGCUGUUCUAUGAAAAGCAAGGGAUUCGAUUAUGAAGUGAUCAAUCUGAAAAGGCAGUGGAAAAGCCUGAAGGACACAUGGAGGAAAAUGAAGCAGAAAGCAGGACCAGGGGGUAGAAUGCUAUGGACGUAUACCAAGCAAAUGCGGUUUCUGGAGGAAGUCGAAUUCAUAGAAGGUCGUUAUCCGAACUACGUUAACGCAUACCCCUCUCCAUCUGCACGUGCUGAGACAAAUACCCUGAAAGCGCAAAGCUCCUGCUCUUGA